ACCACAACAUUUUGAUAUAUUUUGUGUAUAUUUAAUUUAAAAGCACAACAUUCAAGAGUUUUCUUUAUUUUGUUAAACUCGGGUCAAUUGGAACACCCUCUCUACCUCACGUUCGAGGUGGUGGGACUGACUGCAUACACUCUACCCUUCCCAGAUCCCACUUUGUAGGAAUACACUAGGGGUGUGCAAAAACCGAACCGACCGAUAAACCGAACCGAUAAAAAUGUUAUUGGGUUAUUGGUAUUGGAUUAUUGGGUUAACGGUUUUUUAUUGGUUUUAUAAAAAUUUUUAUUGGGUAAACGGUUCGGUUUCGGUUUUAGCUUAUUGGGUUAUCGGUUAUAAAUCUCUCUAUAUAUAGAGAGAGAUAGAUCGAUAUGUGUAUGCAUAUAUAUAUUAUAUGCACUACUUAUUCACAAUUCAGUGAUUCAUAAAGUAUUAACCUAUUCAGGGCAACAAAGGCACAAUAUAAAACUCGACUAUUAUCGUAAUGAAAAACUUAAAGCAUUUAUAGCUUCCAACAAUUAGGAUUUAAUUUUUUUCUAGCUAACAUUCAGUUCAAGUUUGAAGAUUCUUGUAAAUUAAAAUGCAUUGUGUAGGAUUUUGGCGGUAACUUAGAUUUCGGUUUUUUUAUGUUAGUUGUUACUAUUUCUAUUUUAUAAGUAUUUUCUUAUUGGUUAAAUCGAAAACCGAACCGUUAAGGACCAAAAAUCGAUAAACCGAAACCGAUAAGAAAAUAUCUUAUUAGUUGGUUAUUGGGUUUACAUAUUUAAAAAUCGAAAACCGAUAAACCGAACCAAUAACACAUAAAACCGAACCGAACCGACCGAUGCACACCCCUAGAAUACACGGGGUAUGUUGUUGUUCUGGUUGAAGUCAAAACCACACAAACAAAUUGAGGUGGAGGCAACAUUACCUAAUAGCUGCAGCCUUCCCAGCUAAUUGAUUUUGCUUAGGCAGCCUUCCCAGCUAAUUGAUUUUGCUUAGGCAUAUGGUUUUUAGUAAGUUUUUUGUAAGAUCAAAAUCAGUAUUAGAGCUUAUGGUUUUAAGAUGACAAGAUUGGUAAUUACACUCAAGGUGUGAUCUACUAGUCAAUAAUCUGGAUUAAAAAUAUGGAAGACUAUGCUUUGAAUGUUCAUCCGAGGUAAAAUAACACUAGAUGAUUUCUUUCGACCUGCCUAAGUCUUAGUAGGCAGAGUCAUCCAAUACCUAUGCUAAUUUUUGGUGAACGCUGUUAUUCAAUACCUGUGCUAAUUUUGGAGGAUAUGGUUAUCCAAUAUCUAUGCUGCUGGGUGGAUACAACAACAAACAACAAGAACAUACCCGGUAUAUUCCCACACAGUGGGGAUAUAUGCUGCUGGGAGCUAAGUUGCUCGAACUCUCCAAAAAUGUUGUCGCACCCGUGUCGGAUCCUUCAAUAAUACACUACUUUUGGAGGAUCCGACACACACCUGAAGACAUUUUUGAAGAGUUUGAGCAACUUAGGCUGGGAGGAUAUGCGUUAUUAAAAAAAGAAAAAGAAAAAGAAAAAAAAAGAAAGAAAGAUGAGGAGAAUAGGAAAUGUUAGGAGUCAGCAUCAAGAUUGGGCAAGGUGGCAGAAUUUGUUGGAAAAAGUCAGGAUUGACCUGCUUGACUUGGCUUAUCUAAGAAAAGGUCAGUAUUUCACACAAAAUAUGUUAAAUCAUGGGAAACAGCUCAUGCUCAUUUACUGAUGAAGUACCUGUGGUUAAUCUUAAGGCAACUUAAAAUUUCUAAUUUGGUGUUGACUCACGACUGUGAGUAUGUAAAAAAGUUCUUGUAACAAAAGGCAUUAGCCAAUGACUCAUUGCUAGUUGCUGAAUAGAAAUUUAUCAACAUUAUGGCUGGAGUUUGGGGUCCUAUGCUUCAGCUUCUAUGGACAUGUUGGAUACUGAUGUUCGUGCAUCUCAUGAGUUGCAGUGGUAAAUUAGUGGAAGAGGAAAAGAAGGCACUUUUAGAGCUGAGGGACUCCCUUAACUAUCCCAAUGGCUCUACUCUAAUCAAUGAAUGGGUUGAAGAAAACUAUUGUGCGUGGGCUGGAAUUUUCUGUGUCAGAGAUCUAAAUAAUGAUGCACGUGUUCUUGAUAUUAUUCUUACCAGUAAAAGGGAACUUGGACUUGGAAUAUGGUAUCCUGAUGCAACCUUAUUGACUCGUCUCACUCAUCUCCGGUCUCUCUAUGUAUCUGGCAAUGCUAUUGGCAACUGGAUCAUGCCAGAAGCAUUAUGCAAAUUGCGCGACCUGAAGGAGUUGGAUCUAAGUUUCAACCCUUUAAAUGGUGAUGCUCUGCCUCAUUUUCAAGUAUGUAGCCUUGCAUCUCUAGAACAGCUGCACCUAUCAGGGGUUUAUCCUAGUUUCCCUUUACCACUGCUCAGAGCAUUGUGCGGACUAAAGGAUAUACGGAAACUGGAUCUAAGCAACAAUAAUCUUACAGAUGAUAGUAUGCCACAUUGCCUGUUUGAUGAUCUUUCAUACCUUGAAAGCCUCGACUUGUCUGGGAAUAACCUCAAGAAUUCCCAUCACAUUCUAUCAGCGUUAUGUAGAUUGCGGAAUCUCAAAAGGUUGGAUCUGAGUGAUAAUUUUCUUGAUGAUGGAAGCAUACCGACCUGCCUCUUUGAAAAGCACUCGGUGCUUGAAAGUUUGGAUAUUUCACAUAACAAUAUCAGGGGUUCUCCUGAUUUCUUUUCAGGAAUCUGUAAACUUAGGAACCUGCAGGUGUUAAAUCUUCAGGAUAACCUUAUACAAGGUGUACUUGAUCCAUGCCUUGGUGGAAUGAGUUCUUUGGUUUCUUUAGAUCUUUCGUUCAAUCAUUUUGAGGGAAUCGUUUCUUCAUCCAUAUUCAGCAACCUGACUCUGCUUGUGACUCUUCGUCUUUCAGAUAAUAGGUUUGAUGGACUUCUCUUGUUUGCAUCAUUUGCUAACCUCUCCAAUCUUGAAGCCAUUGAUCUUACUAACAAUGAGUUUGAAGUUGACACUGAAACUCCAUCUUGGGUUCCAUCUUUUCAACUUGUGUCCCUUGACUUACGAAAUACCAGACUGAACCGGAACUAUGGCCAUGUAAUUCCAACGUUCAUUUCCAAACAACACAAGUUGAAAUCCCUGUCUUUGUCCUAUAAUUCCCUUCAAGGAAAUGUUCCCUCUUGGUUGUUGUAUAAUAAUACACUUCUUAUGUUGUCUUUGAGAAGCAACCGUUUGUAUGGUGGAAUUCCUGUGGCUUCUCAGUUUCAAGCAUCAAGUCUUCUGAUGCUUGAUGUAUCAGAUAAUUUCUUAGGUAGUACAAUUCCCAUUAACGUGCUCGAAUCAUUUCCAAACUUACUCUAUCUUAACCUGUCAAAUAACGCCCUCGGAGGCACCCUUGCUUCAUCUUUUGACAAUCUGCUUAAGUUAGAGGUGCUGGACCUUUCUGACAACUUCUUACUGGGAAAACUUCCUCCAACUUUAAGACAGAAUAACACUUCAUUGGCACAUUUAGUUCUUUCAAACAACAACUUUCACGGGGAGGUUAUGCCCGUAUUUUCAAAUAUGUCAAAUCUUGCCUACUUGCAUCUUCAAAAUGAUGGAUUUAUUGGAGUCCUCCCUGCUUCUAUGUUCAACCUUCCUGUUCUGAAGGUCGUGGACUUCAGCAGAAACAAUUUGUCAGGCAAUAUUCCAGAUUAUUUUCCUCUUUUUCCACAUCUGGCCAUACUGAUAGUGGCAAGAAACCGAUUUCAUGGGAUUAUUCCAGUGUCUGUGUGCCAUAUGCAAAAGCUUCAUAUUUUGGACAUGUCUGCAAAUUUACUCUCUGGGGUUUUACCUUCUUGCCUCAGUAACAUAACCGCGUGGCUGAAGGAAUCUGAAGUUGUACUGCCAGCCUUUAUGUGGUUAUCUCCAACAUAUACUAACUAUAGAGUCAAAGUUCCUUUAACAACCAAGGGCAAUGCACUUUCUUAUGAAGGCAUUCCUCUUUCGCAGAUCACCAUUCUUGAUCUAUCCAUGAACCGUUUUACCAAUGAAAUUCCAUCACAACUAGGAGAACUUGCAGCCCUCCAUUCAUUAAACCUCUCGAGCAACAUCCUCUCUGGCCAUAUUCCAGACUCUUUCAUGAACUUAAAGAAGCUCGAGAGUUUGGAUCUUUCUUAUAACCGUCUAAUAGGAAAAAUCCCUCCCCAGAUGACUCAACUCGAUUCCCUUUCAACUAUAAAUUUGUCUUUCAAUCAUCUAUCAGGAAGAAUCCCGUUUGAAAACAAAUUUGUGACCUUUGAAGCAUCAAGUUAUAGAGGUAACAAGGAACUCUGUGGACCACCAUUGGAAAAUGAUUGCAUGCUCUUGAGCCCGCCUCAGCAGCAUGAUGAAGAAGAAGAGGAAGACGAGAGGCAAGGUAUUGGUGAGAGUGACUUCUUUUUCUUCUCAUGCGUUGCUGUUGCUUAUGUUGUGGGAUUUUGGAGUGUCAUUGGUCCUCUUCUGCUUAGUAGAAACUGGCGCAGGACAUAUUAUGCUAAAGUCGAUAGCUGCAUUGAAAUUUGCAUGGAGAAACUUCAUCUUUCCUAGUUCUCCAUGAAUAAUUUUAUGUUACUUUUGAUCUUUUAGGGGCCGUUUGGUAGGGUUUAUGAAAAACAUUGUUGAAUAGAGUGUAUUAGUAAUGCUGACACUAUUUCGCAUCCAUUAUUAAUUUGGCAUAUUUCUACUUUCAACUUGCUUUGAUGAACAUGUUGGAUAGUUGCAGACUUGCAGUGUUCAGUCAUAGAGUUAACAAGAUAGAUUUAUGAAAAUUGGUUAAGAUGAACAAAUUUUGAUUUUCAGUAAACUCAGUAUUGACUAAUUACUAUCAAAAGUAUAAUAAAAAAAAUUAAAAGGACCCACCCUAUUUUAAAAAAAGAUAAGUGUUGGCUUAGUUUUAAAAAUUAUUAGGACAUGAAUUAUUAUAGUAUUAAUUUAUGAGGAGUUUUUGGAGAUGAGCAGUUGAAAACGUCUUCCCCAAGUUUGAGUCUUGACCAAGUACCUUAUCUCCAUUUUGACAAAGAGGAAAAAGUUUUUUUAUAAGUAACUUAUUUUCUACUGUUUUGGUUUGCCACAAAUAUUUUAUAGGAGAAUUAUUUUUCACCAAAAGUGAAAUUGAGGAAAAUUAUUUUUCUAAACAUUAUCUUUAAGGAGAUUUAGAGUGACUGGUAAAUUCUAUAAUAGAACUUGUGCUCUUCGGUCCUUUCUUGAAACUAAAGUCUUGACACUGACUUUAGUUCAUCGGGUUAUCUUUUUUUAAAAAAAACAAAAACAAAAACUUCUUCAAGAUACUAUUCGGUUCAUUACUAUCGGACUAUCACUUUUCUUGUGAAACUUAUAUUCCAAAAAAUAAUUUUAACUCACCGACCAAACACCGAAAGACAAUUGAACGAAAAUAUUUUCAGAAAAUGACUAUCGUCAUACCAAACACACCAUAAGCUUCACCCCAUUAAGAUGACAGGUGUCACUAUUCACUCAAGACCUCCCUUGAACCGAGGGUACAAUUCUCUCUGAGAUAGGGGUAAGAUUUGCAUAUAUUUACCUUUUUCAUAUCCACUCUGUGAAUUAUACUAGGUAUAUUAUUAUUAUUGUUGGAUCAGGGGAGGUGAAGAUAAUUGAAAAAAAUAAAUAGAGAAUCUUACAACCUUCAUCAUGGUGUUGACGAAUUAUUUAACUUGCUUGACACUUCUCUCAAUUUGCUAUAAAUUGCCUCUUGUCCACCCUCUUCUGAUCCAAACUGAUCCAAUUCCUCCAAAUAACAAACAAGAAAGAAGCGCAAGAGAAAAGAAAACUUAUUCUUCUUAGCGGCUUUUUCAACCUAUCCGAGGUAAGAAAGUAAAGCAACCAAGAGCCUUUUUUUUACCCAAAUGGAGUUAAAAGUACAAGAAUCCAGGAUACUUAACAACAUGAACGAAGCACUGUGUUGCUUCAUGAUUCUAGCAGUGAUACUAAAUACCAUGAGUUUGGUUCCUGAGAAGACAAAGCUAGUACUAAGAGAUGAAGCCGAAAGUGAGCUACUUUCAUGGCUGUCCGGAAGCGUUGUUACCUUAACGAUCAAGUAUCUGAAUUUCUGCAUUGCUAAGAUGUUGCAAUUCAGAUACCUCGCGCCAUUGCAAACUGCACCUUCUACUAUUAUGUCACUGGUUUUCUGGGUUGCGUUAACUCGAUCAGUCUCUGCACUGUAUUCUUGAAUCUUUGGCUUUGGACCUUCUAAAUCCUCCUCUACACAUUAGUCCUACCGAAAAUGAAAAUCUCAAGCCAUUUCUGCCGGACCACAAGGGUCUAUUGUAUGCAGCCUGUACUUCCGCAAGAGGCUGUUUCCGCGGCUUGAACCCAUAAGGUCACAUGGUGCUCCCUUUCAAAAGCAUCAAACUCUAUGUGUAAUAUGUAUAUGUUUUGAGAAUAAGUAUAAUGGAAGAAAUGUUUUCAUGC